AUGGCGAAAUCGCUGGGUAUGGACAUUGACAUCGAACCGGCCUCCUGCAGCUCCGUGGAGGAUUUACCUUCAGGGAGCAACACAAAAAUGGAAGACGAUGCAAUGGACGUGGAGCAUAAUGAAGAGGCAGAAGAAGACCACGAGGAGGAGUUCCUCUUUCGACUUUUCAGCAAAGCCCCAGCGACACAAAAAGUUGUGCUGGAAGAGGACACUGGACCAACAGGCACUGGCGUUUUUGUCAGUGGUCGGCCACUAUCGUACUACAUGGUGACAAAUAUACCGGCCCAACGAAAGCAAGAAUACGCCAUGGCCUCUAUCAGCGGCGACGAAGUACAAGCAAGAUCACACAACAGAUUCUGGGGCCUUGAGCUUCCCUGGAAGGUCACAAAACUCACCAUUACACAAAAAGCUAACCCAGCUGAGAAGGUGGGAGGAGACGAGCAUAGAGGGAAACGAAAACCAGGAAAGAAGCAACGUAUAUCACUAAGGAAACGGGCAAAGGAAAGAGAAGAAAAGGAGGUAGCCGAGGCGAAGAAAAUGGCAGACAAGGAGGAACAAGUUAAAGACAAGAAAAAGAGGAUGAACAGAUUGAAGAAGCUCAGGAAGAGGGCAAAAGCAAAAGGACAGAAGCAAACGUCCAAAGGGGAAGAUGGGCAGAGCGAUGAUUCUGGUGCAGAUUCAGCAGGUUCUGAGUAA